UGACAGCCCUACCACGCACACCUGCCCGUACGAACCGGGAGCCAAAGAUGUCGCCGCUCGCCGUCUUUUGCCUUUCUUGCGCGAGCCUGGCGUGCUUCGCUGGCCCGGUCUUGGCACAAGUCACUGGAAAUUACGACGACCAUUCUGGUGACCAGGGUUACAGCGGUUCUGGAGCCGAAGUUGGGAGUCCUGCAUAUUAUAACCCCGAAGACCAUUCUGGUGAUUACAGUGGUUAUGGAGGAGAAACUGGGAGUGCCGAGUAUUAUAAUCCCGACAGUUCGGGAGACUACGGGUACGGAAGCGGUUCUGGGGACGCGAUGACAGGGACUGGUGUAUACUAUGAGCCAAUGUACUACGGUCUGGACCCCAACGGUACUUGCAGCAACUCCCCUUGUCAGAACAGCGCUGGCUGCUGCGAGGCCCCCGAAGGAGACUGGUACUGUUACUGCUUUCUUGGGUACGAGGAGCCUGACUGCAGCUACUUCAGUGAUCCAUGCAUGUCAGAAGAGAAUCCUUGCAUGCACGAAGGCACCUGUCAUUUCGACUCCUACAGUAACCAAGCCUACUGCGAGUGUCCGCCAGGAUUCACAGGACGAGCGUGUGAGUUUUCUAUGCCCAUCGACUGUAACUCAGACGAGUGUCAGAACGGAGGGACCUGUAUCAUGGACUCGUGGGAAGGUCCCUAUUGUAGCUGUCCGGACGGUUUCUCGGGGUCUGUGUGCGAGUUUGCGAUAGGGCAAUGCGAGGAAGACACCUGCGUGAACGGCCACUGCGUCGGAUGGAUCUGCGCGGGAUACUACGCCUGUAACUGUGACGAAGGAUACCACGGGACGUUCUGUGAAAUACCAGAUGAUGGUCAGUACAAUGAUGGCGAGGGACCAACUGGGUCUGAAGACUCCGCUGCAGAUGCUUGCAGCAGCUCCACCUGUCCAGACGGCGUUUCUUGCUGUGUGGACCCAGAGGGAAGCUGGUACUGUGACUGUCCGCUGGGUUACUAUGGUCCGACAUGUGCCGACUAUACCGACCCCUGCGCUGGAAACAACCCCUGCCAGCACGGAGGCAACUGCACGGCGCCAUACAGUUUCUCCGCUGACGCCUACUGCUCGUGUCCAAGAGGAUUCACAGGUAAAUGGUGUGAGACCACCGUACCCACCAACUGUACUCUGGACGAAUGUCAAAACGGGGCAGCCUGUGUAACGGACCCGUGGGGAAGUGAUGACGUCUGGUGUGACUGCCCAGAAGGUUUCACGGGGCCUUACUGUGAGUUUGCGGUUGGAGAAUGUCAAGAAGACAGCUGUGAGCACGGCUCUUGUUAUUCGACAGACUGUGAUCGAUACUCCUACAUGUGCCACUGUGACGAAGGAUAUUCCGGGACAUUCUGUGAAGUAGAAGGUGAUGGUGGUAACAAUGGGCCAACCGGUUCUGGAGACUAUGGCCCUGGUGAUGGUCAGUACAACGAUACCGGUCCAUGCAGCAGCUCCCCCUGUGAAAACGGCGCCUCCUGCUGUGAGGAUCCGGAAGGAGGCUGGUACUGUGACUGUCCGCUGGGGUUCGAUCUUCCGACAUGUGCCACCUUUAACAACCCCUGCAACUCAGGAGAAAACCCCUGCAUGGAGGGAGGCACCUGUGUACCGCCAGACAGUUUCUCCCCUGAUUACGCCUACUGCCUCUGUCCAAGGGGAUUCACAGGUAAAGUGUGUGAGACUACCGUACCCACCGACUGUACCUUGGGAGAAUGUCAGAACGAAGCAGCCUGUGUAACGGACUCGUGGGGAGGUAAUGAUGUCUGGUGUGAAUGUCUGGAAGGUUUCACGGGGCCGUACUGUGAGUUUGCGGUUGGAGAAUGUCAAGAAGACAGCUGUGAGCACGGCUCUUGUUAUCCGGCAGACUGUGGUGGAUACUCCUAUAUGUGUCACUGUGAGGAAGGAUAUACAGGGACAUUCUGUGAAGUAGAAGAUGAUGGUCAGCACAGUGGUGACUAUGGACCAACUGGUUCUGGUGACUAUGGACCUCCCGGGUCCGGAGACUAUGGACCGUACGGCUCUGGAGACUAUGGACCAACCGGUUCUGGGGACCAUGGACCGUACGGCUCUGGAGACUAUGGACCAAGCGGUUCUGGGGACUAUGGACCUGGUGGUCCCGGAGAAUACCUCAUGUACUACGGCUUGGAUCCAAACGGUACUUGCAGCAACUCCCCUUGUCAGAACAGCGCUGGCUGCUGCGAGGCCCCCGAAGGAGACUGGUACUGUUACUGCCUGCUAGGGUACGAGGAACCUGGCUGUACAGACUUUAGCGACCCCUGCAACUCAGCCUCAGGAGAGAACCCCUGCAUGAACGAAGGCACCUGUUAUUUCGACUCCUACAGUAACCAAGCCUACUGCCAGUGUCCACCAGGAUUCACAGGACGAGCGUGUGAGUUUCCAAUGCCCACCGACUGUACCUCAGACGAGUGUCAGAACGGAGGGACGUGUCACCCGGAGUCGUGGGGAGAUGCCUGGUGUAGCUGUCCGGACGGUUUCUCGGGACCUGUGUGCGAGUUUGCGAUAGGGCAAUGCGAGGAAGACACCUGCGUGAACGGCGACUGUGUGGGAUGGAUCUGUGCCGGAUACUACGCCUGUAACUGUGAGGAAGGAUAUACCGGGACAUUCUGUGAAGUAGAAGGUGAUGGUCAGCACAGUGGUGACUAUGGACCAACUGGUUCUGGGGACUAUGGAGCAAGCGGUUCCGGAGACUAUGGACCGUACGGUUCUGGAGACUAUGGGCCUAGCGGUUCUGGGGACUAUGGACCUGGUGAUGGUCAUUAUAACGAUACCGAUGGUUGCAGCAGCUCCCCAUGUGAAAACGGCGCCUCCUGCUGUGAGGAUCCGGACGGAAGCUGGUACUGUGACUGUCCGCUGGGCUUCCAUGGUCCGACAUGUGCCUUAUUUACCAACCCCUGCGUAGACGAGAACCCCUGCAUGGAGGGAGGCACCUGUGUCUUCGACCCAACCAUGCCUGACUACGGCUAUUGCCAGUGUCCGCCAGGAUUCACAGGUAAAGUGUGUGAGACCACCGUACCCACCGACUGUACUCUGGACCAAUGUCAGAACGGGGGAGCCUGUGUAACGGACUCGUGGGGAGGUAAUUACGUCUGGUGUGAAUGCCCAGAAGGUUUCACGGGACCGUACUGUGAGUUUGCGGUUGGAGAAUGUCAAGAAGACAGCUGUGAGCACGGCUCCUGUUAUCCGGCAGACUGUGGUGGAUACUCCUACAUGUGCCACUGUGAAGAAGGAUAUACCGGGACAUUCUGUGAAGUAGAAGGUGAUGGUCAGCACAGUGGUGACUAUGGACCAACUGGGUCCGGAGACUAUGGAGCAAGCGGUUCUGGGGACUAUGGACCGUACGGCUCUGGAGACUAUGGGCCUAGCGGUUCUGGGGACUAUGGACCUGGAGACUACGCCGUGUACUACGGCUUGGAUCCAAACGGUACUUGCAGCAACUCCCCUUGUCAGAACAGCGCUGGCUGCUGCGAGGCCCCCGAAGGAGACUGGUACUGUUACUGCCUGCUUGGGUACGAGGAGCCUGACUGCAGCUUCUUUAGUGAUCCCUGCAUGUCAGAAGAGAAUCCCUGCAUGAACGAAGGCACCUGUCAUUUCGAUUCCUACAGUAACCAAGCCUACUGCCAGUGUCAGCCAGGAUUCACAGGACGAGCGUGUGAGUUUCCAAUGCCCACCGACUGUACAUCAGACGAGUGUCAGAACGGAGGGACCUGUAUCAUGGAGUCGUGGGGAGAUCCCUGGUGUAGCUGUCCGGACGGUUUCUCGGGACCUGUGUGCGAGUUUGCGAUAGGGCAAUGCGAGGAAGACACCUGCGUGAACGGCGACUGCGUGGAAUGGAUCUGUGCGGGAUACUACGCCUGUAACUGUGACGAAGGAUAUUCCGGGACAUUCUGUGAAGUAGAAGGUGAUGGUAGUGACUAUGGACCGAGCGGUUCCGGUGACUAUGGACCAACCGGGUCUGGAGACUAUGGACCAAGCGGUUCCGGGGACUAUGGACUACACGGCUCUGGAGACUAUGGACCAACCGGGUCUGGAGACAAUGGACCAUAUUAUCCAUCUGAGGGUCCAGGACCAUAUCCAUCUGAGAGCCCCGGACCGUAUUAUCCAUCUGAGGGUCCAGGACCAUAUCCAUCUGAGAGCCCAGGACCAUAUUAUCCAUCUGAAGGUCCCGGACCAUAUCCAUCUGAGAGCCCAGGACCAUAUUAUCCAUCUGAGGGUCCAGGACCGUAUCCAUCUGAGAGCCCAGGACCAUAUUAUCCAUCUGAGGGUCCAGGACCGUAUCCAUCUGAGAGCCCAGGACCAUAUUAUCCAUCUGAGGGUCCCGGACCAUAUCCAUCUGAGAGCCCCGGACCAUAUUAUCCAUCUGAGGGUCCCGGACCGUAUCCAUCUGAGAGCCCCGGACCAUAUUAUCCAUCUGAGGGUCCCGGACCGUAUCCAUCUGAGAGCCCUGGACCAUAUUAUCCAUCUGAGGGCCCCGGACCGUAUCCAUCUGAGAGCCCUGGACCAUAUUAUCCAUCUGAGAGCCCCGGACCAUAUUAUCCAUCUGAGGGUCCCGGACCGUAUCCAUCUGAGAGCCCCGGACCAUAUUAUCCAUCUGAGGGUCCCGGACCGUAUCCAUCUGAGAGCCCUGGACCAUAUUAUCCAUCUGAGGGCCCCGGACCGUAUCCAACCGGGUCUGGGGACUAUGGCCCUGGUGACGGUCAGUACAACGAUACCGAUGGUUGCAGCAGCUCCCCCUGUCAAAACGGCGCUUCCUGCUGUGAGGAUCCAGACGGAGGCUGGUACUGUGACUGUCCGCUGGGGUUCGAUCUUCCGACAUGUGCCGACUUUACCAACCCCUGCGCUGGGGAAAACCCCUGCAUGGAGGGAGGCACUUGUGUACCACCAGACAGUUUCUCCCCUGAUUACGCCUACUGCCUCUGUCCAAGAGGAUUCACAGGUAAAGUGUGUGAGACCACCGUACCAACCGACUGUGCUUUAAACGAAUGUCAGAACGGGGCAGCAUGUCACACGGACUCCUGGGGAGGUGGUGACGUCUGGUGUGACUGCCCAGAAGGUUUCACGGGGCCUUACUGUGAGUUUGCGGUUGGAGAAUGCCAAAUUGACAGCUGUGAGCACGGCUCCUGUUACCCGACAGACUGUGAUGGAUACUCCUACAUGUGCGACUGUGAGGAAGGAUACUCCGGGACAUUCUGUGACGUAGAAGGUGAUGGUGGUGACUAUGGACCAACUGGGUCUGGAGAAUAUGGACCGAGUGGUUCUGGGGACUAUGGGCCAUAUUAUCCAUCUGAGGGCCCUGGACCAUAUCCAUCUGAGGGUCCAGGACCACAUCCCUCUGAGGACCCUCGACCAUAUAACCCCACUGACGACCCUGGAUCAUAUACUACCGAGGUCCCCGGGCCAAAUCCGCUUGAAGACUCCAACCUGUACCCAUUCGGUCCGGAUGCUGGAGAUUUGGAGUAUGAGGAUCUCCUGAACAGUGGCGACGGCCAUUACUGGGGAGAGUGUUUGGAGCAGAGCAUCAACGAUGAAGGCUUCCCGUUCUAUGGAAAGAGGCACUACAAACUCUAUGUUUGUGACAAUGGCAUGAUCUCCUUCGAGACGCCAUGGGCGCCAUGGGUGCCGUAUCUGUUCGGCUCCCGGCGCAUGUACAGCGACAUCGCCAUGAUCGCGCCGUUCUGGGCCAUGUCAGACGCGUCCAGUCUCUCCCUGGACAGGCAGGACACCGCCGAACAUUCCCACGUCUACUUCCACUCGUACGCCGAGGGAGACGGGCAGGCUAACACCGAGGAGAUCCUGAAUCGCGCAGGAGAAGAUGCGAACGACUACGAUGCAUCCAUACCAGAUUUCAGGCCAACAUGGGCCCUAGUGGUGACAUGGGUCCGCCUUCCCCCGUACAUCGGCUGCAGCUGUUACCGGGGCUGGGGCUGCCAGGAGUGUGACCUCACUGACGUACAGACGAACACGUUCCAGGCCGUGCUGAUGACAAACGCCCUGCAUUCCUUCGGCAAGUCUAUCUACCCGCAGGGAGGGCUCAACUGGGUUUAUCCAGGAUUUAGCGAUGAGUACUACCAGUACUUCACUGAUGUCCAGGACCUACCAUGGCCCGUGGCAGGCUUCAGUGCCGGGGACGUGGGACAGAACGUCAUCAACCUUCCAACGUACUCAGGAACCCAGCGGAUGCACCUACUGGAUGAGGUCGAGGGGAACACAGGAUACGUUGGUCAGUGGAUGGUGCGGAUGGAGGACUCUGACGGCACCAUGGACGCGCGGCUGGAGUGUCUGGCCUGGCACAGGGACCAGCCGGACCCCGCAGACGUGCAGUCCUCCCUGAGUGAGUUGCCGCCGGACUGCCCCUGCACGGAGUGGCAGCUGUGGUUCGACGGAGCGUUCCAGAUCGACUGGAGCAGCUGGGGCUGGGAUAUCUGCGCCUACAGCGCCUUUCCUACAGCGGACGGGCUGGUGCAGAAAUGCUGCUAUGAAGACGGCGCGCUGAAGACCGGAGGUCCGGAUGGGGGAUACGUUACACAGAACCGUGCAGAUGACGAAUAUGCAUACACAAAAUGCUGCGUGGAAAGUGUGGGGACCUGUGACCUGUUCUACGAGAAGCGCCCGUCGGCUAACUGCUCUCAGUACCUCCCACCCGUAUGGAGCUGGACAUGGGGAGACCCUCACAUCACCACACUGGACGGAAAGCGCUACACCUUCAACGGUAAAGGCGAAUACGUCAUGGCGGAUGUGGACAGCGGACAGUAUCAGCUGCAGGCCAGGACGGCGUUCCCUGAAGGUACCAACACGGCAACCGCCUUCUCGGCCAUGGUCAUUCAAAAGAUGGGUGGCGUCCCGAUUCAAGUAAACAUAGCGUCUGAUUCCGAAACCGGCAUGUCGCUGUAUAUCGAUGGCACACUGCAAGACAUGACCAUAUACGGCAACGUCAGCUCCACAAUUGCUCAGGAGAGCAACGUGUUGGUUUCUAGGCCAAGUGCUAACGAAUUCAAGGUGUACUACAGUACAGGUGUGUCCGCGACGGCACAAGUAGAACAGGGCAUGAUGUCCAUCGUCUUCUCCGCCCCGGAAUCCUUCAAGGGACAAACGAAAGGCCUGCUGGGAGUCUGGGACGACGAUCAAGCCAACGACUUCACCAUGUAUGACGGGACGGUUCUGUCCAGUGAUUCUACUGAGAGGCAGAUUUUCGACUUCGGACGAUCAUGGCAAGUCUUACCCGUCACAUCCCUCUUCCACUACGAUGCCGGCCAGAGCGUAGACACCUUCCAGGAUGACACCUUCGUGCCGACCUUCGGGGACGAGGUCGAGAAUGCUGACCCGGUGCUGCUGCAACAGGCGCAGGACAAGUGCGGAGAUAACCAGGAGUGCAUGUACGACGUGCUGCAGACGGGUGACGUGGCGGUGGGGGAGGCCUCUCUGCACCAGUCUACUACCAUCGAGGACGGCUCGCAGAAAUCAAGUAACUACCCUCCCACCGUGACCGGCCCUGCCGUGCUGUACGCUGUGUACCAGGAGACGCUACAGUUUUCGCUGACUGCUGAGGACAGGAACGGAGACUCCAUCAGCUUCUCCAUCUCAUCACCGUCUACCCUGGCGGCGUCUGUUCUCUCUUCGAGCGGAAAUACGGCCACGUUCAGCUGGCAGGUGGACAGGAGGGAGAUGUUUAACCUGAAGAUCCUGGUGACCGAUUCCGGCGGCGCGAGCGCCCUCUACUGGCCCACAGUGUACCUCUGCAGCUGUGAGAACGGCGGCAGCUGCGCCACCAGCGGAGGCACGCAGAGUUCCUCCAAUAACACUAGGUUUGUGAUGCAAGAGUGCACAUGCGCAGCCGGCUACACUGGAUCCAACUGUGAGUCAGACAUCGACGCAUGCGCAGCCAACUACCAGCCAUGUUACGCGGGUGUCCGAUGUAUCGACCUUCCCGCCCCGGCUAACAUCAGUGGGUACCAGUGUGACUCCUGCCCCACCGGGUACUCGGGGAACGGGCAGCGAUGUUCAGACGUGGACGAGUGCGCAUCAGGUUCUUCCUGUGCACAGCUGUGUGUGAACUUUCCGGGUUCCUACCAGUGUUCGUGUAACGCCGGGUAUGAACUGGGAGACGACGGUAGUUCCUGUAACGAUGUGGAUGAGUGCACGCCAGCUAGCGACUGUGACCAGGUCUGCAACAACAACGAGGGUUCCUACAGCUGCUCCUGCAACAGCGGGUUUGAACUGGGGUCGGACGGCAAGUCCUGCUCACCUACGGACCCGUGCCCCGUAGGAGAUACAGGCGGAUGUGACGUAGUUAACGGCUGGUGUCUGAACAACGGCGGCGCCAAGCAGUGCGCCUGUAAGAGCGGAUACGCCCUGGCGGACGACGGGGUGACCUGCAACGAUGUGAACGAGUGCCAGACAGGAGAAAACAACUGCAACCAAAACUGCGGCAACACAGAGGGGAGCUACACCUGCUCAUGUGAGGCAGGCUACCAACUGGUGGAUGAGCACACCUGUCAAGACAUUGACGAGUGUAACACCGGGAACUACAACUGUAGCGGUAACACGGUGUGUAAGAACCAGCCGGGGUCCUACAGCUGUGACUGUGCUGCCGGGCUGGUCCUGACGGACGGAGAAUGUGUGGACCUUCCCGACGACGAGAAGCCAGUUUCUGUCUCCACACGAACGUCCUCCGACCAGGACCUUUCCAACACUGUAACCUUCAACUGCGGGAUGUCAUUGGCACAGUACACGGUUACAGUGGAUAACGCCUUCUCGGCCCUGCUGGCUGCCAUGGCAACGGAACACUGCACCACGAAUGCUGUGGAGUGCGGCGUGAUAACGUCAGAUGGCUCCAGAAGGAGACGGAGGAGCACACCUGUGACCUUCAGUGUCCUUGAAGUCCAACGACCUUCAGGCUACCCUUCAGCGAAUAACGACAGCACCAUCGCGCUUGCGUACUACCUCCUGCUGCCCUCCGGAAACACGUCCAUCCCCGGGAGCGAGCUCAUGGCUAUUCUCCAGUCCAACGUCUCGGCGCUGGAGGCGGUGCUCGGAGCGAACAUCUCCAGCAUCGCGCUGUUGGUGCCUGUGGAAGAAGAGGAACCGGUGGCAGCAACUGGUGGGAAUGCAGUCGUCAUUGUCGUCGCUGUGUUGGUUCCUCUGGUGCUGCUGGCUGUGGCCAUCGCUGUGGCGGUAUACAUGUACAAGAAAUCGAGAAAUAAGAAGGUGGGCCUUUCGUCUGAGGACGUGCGGAUGGAGCCCGUGAGAAAGGAGCGCGUGUCUACCCGUGCCUGGGGCCCGCUGGGGAAGGGAGGCGCCACCGCAGCGAAACCGCCUCCGACCUGGGCCGAGCAGGCCACGGUCGGGAUCGGCUCUCAGCCCGUGCGGGCGCCGCUACCACCCGUCCGGGCCCCGACGUUCGUUCGGGAGGGGACUCAGGGGAGCAUAGCGACGCUACCACCAGUCCGGAAUCCGACAUUCGUACGGGAGGGGACUCAGGGGAGCAUCGCCAACCCUGCCUACCAGUCCACGGGGGAGCUGAAAGGUGAGACGGAGCCCAAAGUCAACAUACUACAGCUGCUGCCGUCCCGGCUGCCUGCACCGCCGACAGAGAGCGAGCUUUAUCCCAAGCCGCCAGGGACACCAGAGGCGCCUGAGGAAAAGGCCAGCGAGGGUGACUCCUUGCUGGAAACACAGGAACUGCAGCCCUAACUUUGACAACAUAAAUCGUCCAUGAAUGACUGUAAAUGUUAAAUUACUGGUAUCAAGCUGUAUAUGGCUAUUUGAAGUGCCCAUUUUGUGUUGUUGUUUUUGUUAUCGGGAGAAUAGCACUGUACUCUUGUGGGGCAAGGCUUUUGUAAAUACAAUGUACCACAUACCAUGUUUACAUCAAAGUUUAAUGUAGGGGAUUUCAAUGUUUACAAUGAUGGACUGAGCACACAAUGUUUUAAGUCGCUGUUGUUUUCGUUGUUGACUAAUGAUUGUAAAUUGCAGAGAUGUGUGUCUGAUCUUUCUAUUGCUAAUCAAUGAGAAUAUUUCUACCCUUUACAAGGUACUAGUAAUAAGAUUGUCACUAAUGUUGUUCUAUGCAACAGUUUGCACAUUUCAUAUCAUAUCAUAUACGGUAUAUACACAACAGAACUUUAUUGUGGAAGGCAAUAAUCUUUUGAAUUAAAGAAUCUGAGAUUCAGGGAUAUUCAAAUACUGGUAGCCUAUUGUGAUUUUUUGAAAUAAAACUACUGUAAAUUCCUUUCCAAAAACGUUUUAAAUCCUAUAUUGAAAAUGAAGACUUGAUUGAUAUGUACUCCUCUCUACAUGGCAGGGAUACAUGUAUGUUAACUGUGUGUACUACCACUGGUUGAUUAGCAAAGUCCGCAAUCCGUCCAAAUUAACUUGUGCAAAUACAUGUAGGUCAGGAGAUACCCUCAUGCUCUGGCUUCUCUUUUGUUGUUGUUAGAUGAUAAAGUAAUUGUCUGUUUAAAAGUGAAAUUCUGAUCAAAGAGCCGAUUUCAAAGUGCAACAGAUACAUGAAUACUUAUAUUUGAUAAAGCAUUAAUUUAUGAUAGUGAUACAGA